AUGGUCGAGGUGGUGAAGGCAACACUUACGAAGAAAACUACUAGGAGAAGAGACUGUCGAGCCAAGAAAAUUAGCGUGGAAGAGGAUGCAAUCGAGGAAGAGGUGGCCGAUAAAACAUUCAGUGCUAUAAAUAAUUGUGGCAGAAUGGGGCACGUUGCAAAAGCAUGUCGAGCCAAAAAAAGGGUGGAAGGAACAACCUACUUAGCCGUGGAAGACGUAACAGAUGAAGGUCUUCUCUUGAUGGCUCAAGAUGAAGAGAACAUCAAUAACGACACUCUGUGGUACCUCGACUCAAGGGCAAGCAACCAUAUGUGCGAUCACAAGCACCUAUUCAAAGAAAUGCAAAAGAUUGAAGAUGGUCAUGUGUCAUUUGGAGAUGCGUCGAAGGUGGAGGUAAAAGGUCGAGGUAUGAUACACUUCUUGCAAAAGGAUGGUGUGAUCGGGUCAAUCCAAGAUGUCUAUUACGUACCAGAUCUCAAGACCAACAUAUUCAGUAUGGGGCAACUCACAGAGAAAGGUUACUUGAUAUUCCUAAAGGACCGCCUGCUACACCUGAAGGAUAAGAAAGAGCGUUUAGUUGCUCGAGUCGAGAUAAGAAGAAAUUGA